UUUGCAUCUUAACAUUUCGCUCCAAUCUUGCUCUGUCGACAAUUGCCAGAACAUUUUGGCUUGCAGGCCUCAACAUGGCGGCCAAAGUUCCUGAAAAGAAUGCUGGCGUUCUAGAUGUAUCAAUCUCAGAUUCAAUGGAGUCCAUCGAAGCUCAAGGAUUUGAUGAAGCAAGGACAAAGAAACUCGUUCGAAAGCUCGACUGGCACUUAAUUCCCUUCCUCUCCCUGAUCUACCUAUUGUGUUUCCUGGAUCGAACAAACAUCGGAAAUGCCCGUUUGGAUAAUCUCGAGAAAGAUCUCAAGCUGGGGGGCCUACAAUACAAUGAUUGCCUGGCGAUUCUCUUCCCGUUCUACAUCGCAGCGGAAAUUCCCAGCAAUAUGAUGAUGAAGCGCUUUAGGCCAAGUAUGUGGCUCACUUUCAUCAUGGUUUUCUGGUCCAUCGCGAUGAUCUGCCAAGGCUUCGUCAAGAAUUAUUCAGGCCUCAUGGCGACGAGAGUCUUCCUUGGAGUCUUUGAAGGAGGUCUGUUCCCGGGAGUAAAUUACUACAUCACCCAAUGGUACUGCCGACACGAAUGUGGUUUCCGCAUGGCAUUAUUCUUUUCUGCUGCAACACUAGCGGGAGCCUUUGGCGGUAUUCUUGCUCGUGGAAUUGCUGAGAUGAAUGGGGUUGGUGGGAAAUCUGCGUGGGCCUGGAUCUUCAUUCUAGAAGGUCUUCUAAGCAUCGUUGUCUCCUUCGCCGCGUAUUGGGCCGUCAACGAUUAUCCCGCUACAGCCAAAUUCCUCACCAAAGACGAGCGCGAAGAAGUCGAGCGCCGCCUGGCUGUCGACCACGGAAACCUCUCCAACGCAUUCGCUUACAAAUACGUCCUGCAAGCUAUCAAAGACUGGAAAAUCUAUAUCCACAUGCUCAUCUGCAUGGCUAGCUUCUGCCCCAUUUACUCCUUCUCCCUCUUCUUGCCAACAAUCAUCAAGAAUAUGGGAUAUACCGCCAAUCAAGCACAACUUAUGAGUGUUCCACCUUAUGUUGCAGCUUGCUUCUUUACUAUUGCAGCAAGCUGGUUUGCGGAUCGAGUUAGGCAGAGGGGGGUUUUCAUGUUGGGAUUUCAGGUUAUCGCAAUUACGGGUUUUGCGAUGCUGGCUGGGACAAGCAAGCCAAGGAUUCAGUAUGGUGGAACUGUGCUUGCUGCUAUUGGUAUCUACCCUCAAGUCCCACUCGCCCUCGCCUGGAACGGCAACAAUAUCGGAGGAAGCUUGAAGCGUGGUACGGGGAUUGCGAUGCAAGUUAUGGGCGGCAACUGCGGUGGAAUCAUCGCGUCUUAUGUUUAUCUCACCAGAGACAGUCCCAGAUUCAUCAAAGGACACUGCCUCCUUAUUGGCAUAAUCGGCAUGGCAUUCUUCCUCACACUGUUCAUGACGACAUGGACAAGAAUGGAGAAUUCUCGACGUGAUAAGGUGGCAGGAGAGGGAGGACCAGUUUCUUUGACGGAAGAGCAAAGGAUAAAAGAUAUUGAGCUUGCGGAUAAUGCUUCGUGGUUUAGGUAUACUGUCUGAAGCAUAUUAUUGAGAGUUAGUUAUAUUGGAGGUCUGAGGUUGACAUGGGAGUUGGUCUUUUGGUGGAAGAGGAGUGAAAUUGGUCACUGAUGUUUGAUUCGGUCUUUGUUAGAGUUAAAUACAUUAUAAAUUCUUUAC